AAACUUUUUAUGUUUAUAUAGUUCAAGGAAAGCAUGUUUUGUUAUUGUAUAUACAAAAUUUGUGUGUCAUUUCAAGAUUUCUUUUCUGUGACAUCGAUUCCGCGCAGUUCUUGAAAUGAUGGCUGAUAUACAUGAAACCAUUGCAUAGGAGAUAUCAAUUUACACAGAAGAUUUCUUUAGUUUUUAUUUAAAUGAUGAAAUAUAAGAAACUAGUGAUGAGUACAUAAGUCUUUUUUACUUAAUUGCAAUGAUUUGAAAAGUGAAACAACAUUUUUUUCAAAAAAAAUUAGAAGCCUGGAAUUAAAAAAACACCUAAAGAUGUCAGAUACAAGUUUUUCUGAAGAUGAAAAUGAAGGAUAUGAUUCACAGUCAUCUAGAAAAGACCAAUUUCCUUCUUCAUUUGAAAACAUUGAAAAUGUGGACAGUCAAUUAUUUCAUCAAAAGCUAUCUUUUCGUCCAGUAAAAAAGUUUAUAACUUGUGUACAAUCUCCUGAAAAUAAUUGUUCUUCUUUCCUAAAACCGAAACAUAAUACUAUUCAUACUCAAUUCACUCCUCUUCAUUCUUCUGAAAGCAACUGUGGCUCUCAAAAUGUAAAAUAUAAUUUAAACGCUCCUGAAAGUGAUAAUAAAAAACUAACUGUCACCAACCUACACAUACAGCAUAAAUUAUCUGAUACCCAGUCAUCUGAAAGCGACUGUUCUUCAGAUAAAAAAUCUGAAUUAUCUGAUACCCAGUCAUCUGAAAACGACUGUUCUUCAGAUAAAAAAUCUGAAUUAUCUGAAACCCAGUCAUCUGAAAGCGACUGUUCUUCAGAUAAAAAAUCUGAAUUAUCUGAUACCCAGUCACCUGAAAAGAACUGUCCUUCAAAUAAAAAUUCAGAAUUGUCUUAUACCCAGUCAUCUGAAAGUGACUGUUCCUAUGAUAAAAAAUCUGAAUUAUCUGAUACCCAGUCAUCUGAAAGUGACUGUUCCUCAGAUAACAAAUCUAAAUUAUUUGAUACCCAGUCAUCUGAAAGUGACUGUUCCUCAGAUAAAAAAUCUGAAUUAUCUAAUAUGCAGUCACCUGAAAAGGACUAUCCUUCAGAUAAAAAUUCAGAAUUAUCUGAUACCCAGUCAUCCGAAAGUGACUGUUCCUCAGAUAACAAAUCUGAAUUAUUUGACAUCCAGUCAUUUGAAAGGGACUGUCCUUCAGAUAAAAAAUCUGAAUUAUUUGAUACCCAGUCAUCUGAAAGUGACUGUUUCUCAGAUAAAAAAUCUAAAUUAUCUGAUACCCAGUCAUCUGAAAGUGAUAGUUCCUCAAAUAAAAAAUCGGAAUUAUCUAAUAUACAGGCACCUGAAAAGGACUAUCCUUCAGAUAAAAAUUCAGAAUUAUCUGAUACCCAGUCAUCUGAAAGUGACUGUUCCUCUGAUAACAAAUCUGAAUUAUCUUAUAUCCAGUCACCUGAAAGGGACUAUACUUCAGAUAAAAAUUCAGAAUUAUCAGAUACCCAGCCAUCUGAAAGGGACUGUCCUUCAGAUAAAAAAUCUGAAUUAUCUGAUACUCAGUCAUCUGGAAGGGAUUGUCCUUCAGAUAAAAGACCUGAAUUAUCUGAUACCCAGUCAUCUGAAAGUGAUGGUUCUUCAGAUAAAAAAUCUGAAUUAUCUGAUACUCAGUCAUCUGAAAGCGACUGUUCUUCAAAUAAAAAUUCAGAAUUAUCUUAUACCCAGUCAUCUGAAAGCGACUGUUCUUCAGAUAAAAAAUCUGAAUUAUUUGAUACCCAGUCAUCUGAAAGUGACUAUUCUUCUUCAGAUAAAGAACAUGAAUUUAGUUAUUCGGAAUCAUCUGAAAGUAAUCUUUCAUUUCCAAAUGAAAAGCAUGUAUUAAUUGAUAACCAGCAAUCUAAAAAUAAUUGUACUUCUUUGGAUAAAAUACAGGAAUUGACUGAAACCCAAGCAUCUGAAAAUUAUUUCUCUCUUCCAGACAAAAGACUUGAACUAACUAAUGCACAAUUAUCUGAAAGUGCCUGUCAUUCUCCAGAUAAAAAAUUGUUAACUUACGGCCCCCAGUUAUUCAAAGAUGAUUGUCCUUUUUCAGAUAGGAAGCAUGAGGUGAAUGAUACCUCAUUAUAUGAAACUAGUUAUUCUGAUUUGUCAUUUGACUCUCAAUCACUUAAAAGUGACAGUUCAAAGUUAGGUAAAAAACAUGAAAUAAUUAAUAUUCAGUCAUCUAAAGAUAUCUGUUCGUUUUCCCCAAUUGACGCUCAAUUGCCUGGAAAUGAAUGCUCUUCUCUGAAGGAAAGACAUGAAUUAACUGAUGCUGAGUCAUCUAAAAAUAUCUGUUCUUAUUAUCCAGACGAAAGUGACUGCUCUUCAUUUGAAAAAAUUAAUUUAAUUGAUAUCCAGUCGCCUGAAAGUAAUCUUUCCACUUGUCCAAGUGAAAGAUGUACUUUAGCUUAUACCCAAGCUCUGAAAAAUGGCAAUUCUUCUACAUUAAGUGAAAAACAUAAUUUAACUAAUACUGAAUUACUUGGAAAUGUCUGUUCUCUUCAAUCUGAUGAACUUGAUGAAAAUUGUAUUCAGUCUGCAGAAAAUGACUGCUCUUCCCUAAAAAGAAAAAGUUCUUCUCAGUUUCAUAAACAUGAUUUUUCUUCACCGAAUAGAAAACGUAAGUUAUCUGAUCCUCAAUUGCCAAAAGAUGACUGCUCUUCUAUACCAGAAAACUGUAAAAUUACUCAUAUGCAAUUACCUGAAAUUGAUUUAUCUUCCCCAAAUGAAAGUUAUUAUUUACCUGAAAUGCUGUUACCUGAAAUUAACAAUCCAUCUUCUCAUAGAAAGCAUAAAUUAACUGUUACUGAGUCUUCUGACAGUGAUUGCUCUUCUGUUCCUGGUAUAAAAUGUAGAUUACUUUGUAGGGAGUCACUUAAAAGUGACUUCUUGCCUUCUUCAGAAUCAGUUUCUAUUCAAGCAUCUGGCAGUGACUGUUUUCCUUCUCAUGUAAGACAUGAGAAUGGUGAAUUACUUAAUAGUAUUUUGCUAAGCAAAAAUAGUGAUUGUGUAAAAGGGUUUAAAGAACAACUAUUAAACUCAAAUAAUGAUUGUAGAAAGGAACUUGGAAAAGUCAUUAGAACUGCGUAUCAAUUCACUCGACACAGUCACAGAGUAAAACUAACCUUAAAAGACUUAGAGAAGUCCUUUAAAAUUCAUAAGGUUGAUAUGACAAAUUAUUCUGAUUAUUUAGUUGAUUUAAUUGAUAGAAAUUCAGUUGAAGAAGAUGAAUCUCAGCCAUUUACUUGUUCUGGCAAAUGGAUAAGGAGACCUGAAAGUAAUGAGUAAAAACGAAUAAUUCUUCUCCGUCAUGAACAUUUAAAAAAAACUGACAUAAAAAUUAUAUAUAAUUUCAUUAAAACAUGUAACUUUCAUUUAAUUUGAAAUAAUAACGCUUCAAAAUAUUUGUACUAUGAGAAUUGACAAUUGCAUCUUACUUAAAACUUCAUUACUAAAUGUGGAGUACAAAUUAUUGCAAAAAAACUGUGGUUUUUAAUAUUUAAAAAAUAACUCUCCUUAAUCAUACAAUUCUAUUUUUCUUUCUGAUGUCUGAUUUCUUGAAUUUCAUCCAUAAAAUGAACAUAUCAUGAGAUGUUUUUAUGCCUUCUUAUAAGAAGAAUUUGUUUUGUUUUUCUUAGGUCAGUGGUAUUGUGAGUAGGAAGUGCUGAAAGGAUAGAUGAUUCGUAUAUCAAAGAGAAACAAUAUUUUUCUGCUUAUGCUACUUUUGAAAGCCAAUUAUGAUUAGAAGAUUUUAAAAAUAAUAAUAAUAAUAUACUGGUGAUAUAACAGGCAAGAAAAAAUAUCACAUUUUUUUCUGCAGAUAGUCUUUUAUUUUCAAGUGCAUCAUUAGCAAGAUUGUUUUUAUAAUUGUGAUUUUUAAAGGA